GCUCAGCUGGGAAGGGUUUCUGGAGGAGGCGCUGAGCACUCCCUGGUCCCUGCCCCCCGUACACACACACAGGCUUCGGGGGUCGGGGUUGUGGUGGUGGACUUCCUGCCGGCCCAUUCUCAGCCCGCAUGCCCAGAGCCCUUUCCCCUUGGUGAAGCAGUGGGGCUUGGGGGAUUGGGGCAGCCAACCAAGCCAGACGAGGCGCCCGGGGUCCGUGGCUUCUGGCGGAGACCGGCUGUGCUGUGCGCUGUGGCUGGCUGGACGCGGGGAGCCGUCCCUGGAGCCGCCUGUGGGCUAGCACACUGCCCAGUGCCGCUGUCCGCUGGGCAGGCCUUCCCGGAGGGGGCGGCAGGGUGGGGUGGGGAGGGGGUGGGGCGGGGCGGGCUCCUGAGGGACAGCCAGGCCCCUGGCGUCCCCCACCCUUCCCACCUCGCUCUGCAAGCGCCCUGGGAGUUCAGCGCCCCUUCCCUCUGAGCCGGCAGGCGCAGCCUGGUGGGAGGGGCGUGGCAACCAGGGCUAGGAGGCAAGGAGGAAGUGGGAGGGCAGGAGGGUGAGAGACCCUGGGGUCCCGAUGGCUGGUAUCAGCUGUGCCAGGCAGGACUGUCUCAGGGCGGGGCAGCAUCUCCCUAAGCCUCUUAUCAGUCCCAGAGUCCACAGGACACUCCUGAGUUAACGUGUAACCACACGCCAUCCCCACCACCCCUCAAAGCUAGCGGUGCCCAUAUGCAGGCCACUGUGGGGGGCCGCAGGUCCGACCUGGACGCCCGGAAGGAGGGGCUGCCCUGGAGACCUCGCUUCUCAGCUCAACACCCACAGCUGCGCGUGGGCCUGGGGCUGCUCCCGUUCUUCCUUGCCUGUGCCGUCUACCUCCUCGUCCAGUGCUCCGUGGACCAGCCGUCCAGGGUCAGCGCCCUGCUCAAGAGCCUGCCCGUCCUCUACCUGGCGGGGUUCCUGGGGACCGCGCACCCUGGUGGGGGCUACUGCUCGCUCCUGCAGGGGGCCCUGCUGUGCUCGGCCGUGGGGGACGCCUGCCUCGUCUGGCCGGAGGCCUUUCUCCACGGCAUGGCUGCCUUCGGCCUGGCCCACCUGCUCUACCUCCGGGCCUUCGGCCUCACGCCCCUGAAGCCUGGCCUCCUGCUGCCCAUCCUCCUGGUUUCUGCCCCCUACUUCGGGUUCCUGCUUCUUCACCUCCCGCCCCACCUGGUCUGGCCUCUGCUGUCUUACUCCACAGUCCUGGCCUCCAUGCUGUGGCGUGCCCUGGCCCGGGGUGAGAGUGCCCGCUGGGGUGCCCUGCUGUUUUUGCUCUCAGACGCCGUGCUGGCCUGGAACACCUUCUUCCACCAGCUGCCCCACGGCCACCUGCUGGUCAUGACCACCUACUACCUCGCCCAGAUGCUCAUCGCCCUGUCGGCCUUCCAGAGCCCCAGGCUCAAGUCCCACUGACUCAGGGCUGAGGUGGGCAGACAUCUGCCCCCUCUCCUCCUGCAAGGAUCUGACCCCCACCCCAGACCAGUAAAGCCAGAGAAACAGCCUUGAGGGCUAGAGCCAGGCCCCCACACUCCAGUCUGCCGGUGCCGGUUCAUCUGGAGACUCAACCGUUCCUGGAGUUCUGAGUCCACCACCGAGUUCCCACUGCCUGCCCUGCGUUCUGAUUUCCAGGCCCUCAGCCAGACCCAUGCUGGGUCCCCCCCCAGCCCCUGGCCUACUUCUGUGACUCCAAAUGCUCUCCGUGUGUCCCCUUCCCGGUGGCCCUGAUCUAUUUUUCUGUUGCUUAAAGUAAAAGUAAAGUGGGUGUCGAACCAG